AUGGCAUCUCCAUUCUUCUUCAUCAACAAGAAAUCUGGAGAUCUCCGACCAUGCCAGGACUACAGGAAACUCAAUGACGCCACUAUAUCAAGAGUAGAAGAUCUUUUAGAUCGCAUUGCUACCACCAAGCCAACAAUAUUCACCAAACUUGACUUGUGCGCAGGAUACAACAAUGUGCACAUCAAAGAAGGUAAUGAAUGGAAGGGAGCAUUUAUCACACCAAGAGGAUUAUUCGAACCAACUGUCAUGUUCUUCAGAAUGACAAACUCACCAGCCACAUUUCAAGCCAUGAUGGAUGGCAUCUUUGCAGAUCUACUACUAGAAGGAUGGCUAGUAAUCUAUAUUGAUGACAUCCUCAUCUACUCUACCAAUUACUCGGAACACCGGCAACGCGUUCAAUUAAUCCUUCAGUGGUUAAAAGAUUCAGAUCUCUUCCUCAAACCUGAGAAAUGCUUCUUUGACGUAUCAGAAGUGGAAUUCCUAGGAUUCAUUCUCCGACUGGGACAGAUAGGAAUGGCAGAAGAUAAAGAUUUGCCAACUUCUAUCGUCAAUUCAUCCCAGGGUACUCCAGAGUAG